UGCGCGUGUGGAGACCAGCUGUAGCUGCUACUCUUGGAAGCGAUGCACAGGACCAGACCACAAGGCAGGGCACACCAGAAAAUUUAAGUCCAGGCAGUCUAGCUCUGAGGAUCCUGAGGAAAGACUCUCUUGCAAUAAAACUGAGUAACCGUCCAUCUAAGAGAGAGCUAGAAGACAAGAACAUUCUACCCAUGAUGACUGACCCGAAUGUGUGUAAUGUUCUCUAGGUAAAACCGGGGUCUCUCUUCCGUCUCUCACUGAAACAUCUUCAACAAACGCUGCAUCCGCAAAGCUCCUCAGCACUGUGGAUGAUCCGUCACAUCCAUCACGUGGACGCUUUACUUUCCUGCCAUCUGGGAGAAGUACAACCUCUGGCAAACAAAAUGGAUGAGCUGCGACUGUGCACCACAACACGUGGGUGAAUGGCGGAGUGUAACAUCAUGAUUCAGACGUGGUUAAACUGUAACAGCGCGGUGGAGCUGGAUGUUCGAAGCAUGUUCAGAGCGGACAGAGUGGCAGUAAACUCCGGCGCUGGUUCCUGAUUCAGGACAACCACCUUAUGUACAAGAAGAAAUCCAGGAAUAGCAUGGUGGACAUAGCCGAUUUACGCCAGUGCACGGCCAAACACUGCAGGAGCAUCGGACGCCGUUGCUGCUUCCAGGUGGUUUCACCUACAAAGAUCUGGGUAUUGCAGGCUGAUUCAGAGGAGAAUAGAGAGGCUUGGAUCAGAACCAUUCAGAACAUGGUUGCUAACACCGAUGGUGACCGAACAGACGACUCCAUCACUUCCCGAUCAGAUGAGGUGGUGGAUUUGAGCCCAAAACAGGAAGGAUCCAGUAGCUCCUCUAAAUCACGUGGAUCACAACACACACAGAGAGACUCGCUACGUCCACGAUCCGCUUCUGGAACUUCAGUCGAGAGCGUUGAAGCUACAGUUGGAGGGACCUCACACAUCGAAGAGAGCCCGGAGGAACUGAGCACCAGCACUUCCUCCAGCGACUGCAUCCACACAGCUGGUGAUGAGAGCACGACUACAGGAAAGCACUCGGUCCAGAGAGGCAGCGCUCCUUCUGAAGAGUGCUUCGAUAGCCGGUACAGAGUGGGAAAGCUUCUGGGGAAAGGAGGCUGCGGUUCUGUGUUUGCAGGACUUCGUGAGGCCGAUGGAAAACAGGUUGCUAUUAAGGUUGUGCUGAAGAGUGGCUGUGACAGAUUCAUCACCAUUCUUGGCGAGAAGAACGCUCUCCCUGUAGAGGUGGCGUUGAUGCUGAUGGUGUCCGAGCCACCUCGCUGUAAAUACGUCCUGGAGCUCCUGGAAUGGUUCGACAUGCCCGAGUGCUACGUCUUGAUCCUGGAGCGACCCGCCCGCUGCAUGGACCUCUACGAAUACCGAAGGAACGGCUCACUUCCCGAAUGUCUGGCUCAGAUGAUCAUGUGGCAGGUGGUUCUCGCCGCCUGUCACUGCCGUAAUCGCGGGGUUCUCCAUCGGGAUAUCAAGGAGCAGAACCUUCUGGUCAGUUUCCACACCUUAGAGGUCAAGCUCAUAGACUUUGGCUGUGGGGACUUGCUGAAGUCGACCCCCUACAGACGUUUUGCAGGCACCAUGCUAUACGCCCCACCUGAAUGGAUCGAGGAAGGUAAGUAUCACGGUUGCGCUGCAACGGUGUGGAGCCUGGGCGUCCUUUUGUUUGUUCUAGUGUGUGGAGAGCUGCCAUUCUGGAAUGAGAGGGAGAUCGCUGCUGGACACCUGAUCUUCAAAGCUGGUGUGUCUAAGGCCUGCCGUCAUCUGAUCAGACGCUGCCUGGCGAAGGAUCCAAAUAAGCGACCCAGUCUGGAGAAGAUCCUGGAGCAUCACUGGUUUCCAGAGAUCCUUAGGAACUAAGUCCAGGCACCUGCACGGGUUUGUAGCAGACAAAUCAUGGUAAUCUGAGAGGAUGAUCACCAGAAAAACACAACAGGAGUGAUCUGGAGAUCAGCAACAUUUUGUGGAUCAGCUUGAUGACACAGGUCUGCUACAAGAACACAUCCAGAGGUUUCUGGCUGAGGUUCAGAUCACCUCCAUUCCUCAGCACCGUGUAUAUACCACGCCGGAUCAGAAAGAAAGCCCCAUCAAUGAACGAGUCUAACCUACUGGAAGAAGCAACCAGAUCAGAUUUGGGCCCAAGCACCCUGAUACCUGGCAGAAGAUGAAACGUCCCUGAGUCACCACAACCAUCUACGAUCAAUGACCACGUCUGUCGUCCUGAAAGCACUUUGACCUUCUCUGUGGUGGUGUAUGAGACAAGAGAUGAAACAAAACCAAUAAAAUAUUGAAUAAAA